UCAAAUUCCACGGGGCAUUGUUUAACACAGCACCUGUGUCAGCUUGAGAGAGCACCGGAGUAAAGCAUCACGGCUUCCCAUGACUGUUCAACGAACCGAAGGAUCAGCCUUCUCAUAUCGUCUGAGCGAAGAAUGAUAGCAAGAGGAUUGUUUCAUGAGCAUCUACAUCUUUGGGCAGCUUUCAUCGCAUCCUGUUUCGUUUGUGUUCAAGUUGUGGGUCAAGCGAGAGAUGCUGACUGUGUGAAGCAACUGCGAGUGUACGACACUUUAAGCUAUGCAGUCCGAUCAGAAGGGUAUCUCACUGGAAAUGAACAGAGUCGAGAAUGCCGAUGGGAGUUGGAUGCCAGCACCAUGUUCCAACAGAACAAAACCAUCCAACUACAAUUUGACGUGGACAUCGAAGAUACCAGUAAAUGUGAUUCGGAAUCUGUCACAGUGUAUGCAUCCACGUCUUCAAAGAAUACAACGCUAGCAGUUUUGUGUGGCAGGAUUCAGAACAGAAUGUACGAGUUCUUUAUCCCAAACAUCAUGGUUGUGUACAGACCUAGUCCAACUUCAUUACAGGAAAGAAAAGGCUUCAAGAUGGUCUUUCAGAUGAUUGAUAGUAAAUGCCAUAAGGUACUGGAUUCAAAUGACAAGAAAUUUCAAAUCCUGAAAUCAAACCUGUACCCUCGACCUUAUCCCAGUUUUCAGAGGUGCACAUAUCUCAUAAGGUCUGGGACACCAAACAAACAUCCUGUUUUGAACUUCACAUUUACUGAUAUUGGCUAUAACUGCAGUGAAGAAUAUAUUCUUGUUCAUGAUGGAGAUUCAGAACAUAGUCCGUUGUUAGGAAAAGUGUGCCGGUUUCACAAGCCAACAUUCCGCAGCCUGAUGGAAAGUCUGUAUGUAGUGUUCGUGAGCCAUGACAACUCGAUAGUUUAUUCUGGAUUCAAAGCACAGUACAAAGACGCAAUGUGCGGUGAGCGUCUAAUGGCAGGAACUGAUCAGGAAGGGGUGUUCCACUUUGGAAAAGCUUACCCAAUCAAUAAUGCAAUUACAUGCGUGUGGCACAUCACAGCCAAGGGAGACUAUAAAGUGCUGGUGUCCAUCACAAGACUUACAGUUGACUGUGGUAGAAGUAUGAUCACAGUGUACGAUGGAGACGAUGUGUCCAGUGAUGAUGCCUCGUGGGACGUUUGUGGGAAGGGGAACAAUUACACGUAUGUGAGCACCAGUCGACAUAUGACCAUCAAGUUGAAUAGCCAGGGUCAGCCAGCACAGCCAGUGUCGUUCUUAAUCAAGUACAAAGGGGUUGAUGACAAAGCCAUUUGUGGUGCGGGUCUAAUAGCAGAAACUGGUCGUGAAAGGACAGUCCAGUUUAGAAAAGUUUACCCAAUCAAUCAUGCAGUUACAUGCAUGUGGCACAUCACAGCCAAGGGAGACUAUAAAGUGCUGGUGUCCAUCACAAGACUUGCAGUUGACUGUGAUGGAAGUAUGAUCACAGUGUAUGAUGAUGAAAAUACAGAUUUGUCCAAUGAUGAUGCCUCAUGGGACAUUUGUGGCAAAGGGAAAAAUUACACGUACAUGAGCUCCGGCAGACAUAUGGCCAUCAAGUUGAAUAGCCAGGGCAACUCAGCACAGCCAGUGUCAUUCACCAUUAAGUACAAAGGGAUUGCUAACACAGGUUGUUUCAGAAAUCGGUACACCAAUACAGGUUACGCUAACGUUUAUCUGACAGCUACAUCCGACGAGAGAAUACUGACGUCUCCUGGGUACCCGGACCUCUACCCAGACCAAAUAAAAUGCGUGUGGCAAAUACAGGCUGACCAUUAUACCAGCAGAAUGGAUAUCAGAGUCCUGGAAAUGGAUCUUCACCAAAAGCCGGAGUGUUACGACAGCAUCAGUAUAUAUGACGGGCGAUUAUGGGAUUUUACCAAAAAGCCAGACUUGAUUUGGUGCACCAAUAAGAUGUCAUCCUUCACCAGCUCUGGUCAAUUCGUAACAGUUUUGUUUUCCAGCAAUGAGGAGGGAAUAGGAAAGGGAUUCAAGAUAGUCUACAAGAUCUCUGAAGACAUUUCAGAUUAUUAUGAAGGUGAAACAGAGACGGCUACUUCAUCAAAUACGCCAGUAGUUGCGAUAGCAUGUGCAGUCACCGGCCUCGUACUGGUACUCAUUGUAAUAGCCUACUGUUCUAAAGGACACUUUGAUCGUACGUCACAACCACCGACUAUGCAGGCAUCUCAACUUCCAGACCCCCAAGGGAGAGAUGCUACAGCACCGUUUCUUCAAACCAGCUAUCCCACAAAUCCCAUGCUUCCCAGUGCACCGCCGCCACCGCCGCCAGAGUUCACAGAUCUUAACCCGCCCCCGCCGCCAGAGUUCACAGAUUUUAACCCGCCAGCUGCCCCAGAGAUUCCGCAAAGACGACCAGAGGCUCCACCACCAAGUUACGAAGAUGCCCUUAGAAUGAUUGAGAAGGCAUAAGAAACAAGAAUUUGAGGAUGAUUGUCUUUACAUGUGUCCAGCAUAACAAUUAUUCACAUUGAUUGUGAGCCUUGGUUUGUUAGCAACGAACAAAUACCAUAUUUGUAUAGGUCAGCUAACUGCAUGUCUUUUACACAGACCUGAAGUGUUGCUAAGGUGUUAAAUACAAUACGUCCUUGACCUUGACGUGAGUGAGUGAGUGAGUGGUUUUCAGAGCAUUUAGCAAUAUCACGGCAGGGACACCAGAAAUGGGCUUCACACAUUGUAACCAUGUGGGGAAUCAAACACAGAUGUUCACCAUGAUGAGCAGAUGCUUUAGCAUUUUGGCUACCCCACCACCCCUUGACCAAGAUAUAUCUGGCUAACACUACAGAAACUUGUGAAACGAGAUCUGCAAUUCUAAAUCGGAAUCUCAGGUUGUACAGAAGAGCAUGCUUAAGGUCACCAGUGUAAUAAAAGUAUUGUCAGACCGACAGAUCUAAACUUAGGUUUCUGGGGAACUUUACAAGCUGUAUUGAAUAGAAACUAUUGUUAUGCCUGCAAUCUGAGUGUGGUGUUUGUUGGUAUAGCACUAUGUCUAUACAAUCUACCUUGAAUCUCGGUAUAGAAAAAUACUCAAUGCCUUAAUUUCACAUUUGCCAUUAUCAGAGAUUAUUUGUAUCUCUAUACAUUUUUUGCAAACCCUAAUGAAGAUAAGUUAUUACUUAGCAUUACUUUCCAAUUUUGUUAUGGGGAGGUUGGGGGGUCCAGAAUUUUGUACACAUGUAAAAAUAUUAUGCAAUAAAUAUGACAUAUAACAUGGGGGGGGCAUUGAUUUAAUACGUCACAUGGGGGUGGGGUCACUUACUUUGUGCAUACAUGGGGGGUGGUGUGUGUGUGUGUGUGUGUGUGUGUGUGUGUGUCAUUCACAUGAUACAUGCUUCUCCAUAACAAUCAUCAUCAACCCCCAAGCUACAAAUGGCCCCUUAAGGAAAAUUGUUGCAGCCAGAUCAGGUUUCAGGUUUGUCAGCACCAUUAUCUGAAUGUAGCAGUGUUAUGUACAAGCACCUUCUCCUUAAGGGUGCUAUCUAUAAUGUCAGCAAUAUUUGUAUAGAGCUGCUAAAAAUAUGGACACAAUAUCCUUCAGGGUUAAAAUAAGCUCAUAAUUUUAAGUUAAAUGUUUAUACUUUUUUUACACUUCUUAUAUACUCUUAUACUCUUGUUGCAAUGUGCUUUUUCUACAUUUUUUUUCUGCCUUACACUUGCUCAUAUCUUUUAUUUAUAACAAUCCAGGUUAGAAGGGAUCUUCUUCAACUAAGGCUUUUAAGAGGCGACUAGAGGAAUUGGGUGGUCAGGAUUACUGACUUGGUAGACACAUGUUAUCAUAUCCAAGUUGCUGAGAUUGAUGCCCAUGUUGUCCAGCACUGGAUUGUCUGGUCCAGACUCGAUUACUUACAGACAGUUGUCACAUAGCUGGAAUGUUGCUGAGAGUGGUGUUACAGAACAAAUAAACUAUCAGCCAUUAGUGGUUGUAGCAGAAGUAUUGUGUUAUGCAACAGAUAAUGGCUGCAUGUGUUCUUUACACUAAAUAAUACAUAGAACAAAGUAGGACAUCGUGCAAUACAGAUAUAUUUUAUCAACUGAACAAUUUAUUCAUAAUCUAUAUUUAUUAUUUCAAAGACUGUUUGCCAUGAACGAUAUUCAGCAUUUUGAAAAAAUAUGUGUGUCAUGGAACUUGCUUGUUGUAAGAGGCGACUAUGGGAUCGGGUGGUCGGGAGUUACACAGCACACAAAAAUUUAAAAAAACCAAUUGUAUGUCAUGGCUGUUCCCCAGUGGAUUUCAAGUAAGGGCCUUACAUGCUGGGAACCUUCCGUUUCACUCAUUGUACUAGACUAACAUUUAGUCUCUGAAAUGAACAUAUUUUACAGAAAAAACGGUUCAUGAAUGAUAACCAUAUACAAUGAAACGGAGCCCAGAGACUUUCUUCAUUUUCAGACUUGCAUUGGCUUUCUUGGAUAUAUUUGUUUCAAGGUCUGAAAAAAGAUAGUACCAAUGUAUAGAUUGAGACACAGUCUGUUGACAUGAGACCCGUGAAGAUCUUCAGCAACCCAAGCUUGUCGUAAAAGGUGACUAACAGGAGGGGUGGCCAGGCUCAUCGUAACCCAUUUGCAUAGAUUGAUGCUCAUGCUGUUGAUCACUGGAUUGUCUGGUCCAGACUUGAUUCUUUACUGACCAUAUAGCUGGAAUAUUGCUGAGUACGGCGUUAGACACCAAACCAACCAUGGCGAAUGGUUCCUCAAGUUGGCAGCCCCACUUCUCUGCCCAAGAUUGGAGAUGAACUUCUGGGUCGUUGAAACAUGCCUCAGGUGAACUGGUACCAUUGAUUUCAGGUUCUGUGCUUGAGCUUGUCAUUUUCCUCAUGUGUUUUGCCGAAACAUAAAUAAAACACAGUACAAUUUCAAUAAUAGAAGUGGGAAAAGCCUUUCAUUGUCUUGAGGUCAUUGUUAAGAGCAGAGUCUAUUGCAUGAUUGUGACUAACUGUAUAUAAUGUGUAUGUGUAAUGAUGACAUUUAUCAAUCCAUAAUCUGUACAGUUCAUAAAACCCUUUUCUAAAUA